AUGGGGAGGGGGGAGGUUGCCAUGUCCCACUCCUCUUUGACCCUGGAUGACUUCACCCAGCCAUCAUCAUCCCCCUCUCCAUCAGGGGAGGCAAGGGAGGAGAGUCUACCCUGGCACCAACGAUGCCGCCCCACAGAUGCCACCAAGGGGCUGCUUGUGGCACUGCUGGGUGGAGGCCUUCCUGCAGGCUUUGUGGGGCCCUUCUCUCGAAUGGCCUAUCAAGCAUCUCAUCUACCCUCCCUUGAGCUUCUCCUUUGCCGAUGCCUUUUCCACCUUCCCAUCGCCUUGCUCCUCAAACUACGAGGCUCUCCACUGCUGGGGCCUACAGGUAACCGACAAAGAGCCUGGCUCCAUGCCCUCCUCAACGUUCUCAGCAUUGCUUGUGCCUACAGUGCUGUCCUGGUUGUGCCGGCUGGCAAUGCAGCCACUGUCCGCAAAGGUUCCUCCACUGUCUGUUCUACACUCCUUGCUCUGUGUUUGGAGAGCCAACGACUCAGUAGCUAUGACUGGUGUGGCCUGGUUGGUUGCACCCUGGGCUUACUUAUCAUUGUGAGCCCAGGGUUGGGCACUCUACAGGAGGGAUCCGAAGGGGUCUACACAGCUCUUGGCUACAUAUUGGCUGUCUUGGGUGGCCUGGCCCUUGCCCUGGGGCUGUUGGUUUACAGAUCCCUGGACUUCCCUUCCAGCCUACUGACUGUGGCAUUCCUCUUUGGAGUUGUAGGGGUGAUGGGGGCCUUGCCAGGGCUCUUUCUGUUGCAGACACCUGUGAUACCCCACGACCCACUGAGUUGGAGCUGUAUCUGGGCUGUUGGGGUUCUGGCCCUGGUUUCAUUUGUAUGUGCCAGCUAUGCUGUCACUAUGGUCCAUCCAGCACUGGUGUGUGCUGUGCUACAUUCUGAGGUGGUGGUGGCACUAAUGCUUCAAUACUAUGUACUCUGUGAGACUGUGACACCAUUUGACAUCAUGGGGGCAGGAGUUGUAUUGGGUAGCAUUGCCAUCAUCACUGCUCAAAAUAUCAGUUGUGAUCGGGAAAGAGAGGAUCUUAAGGAAUGA